UUGCCUAGCAACAGCGUAGUUUUGUUCUAGCUCUCGGAGUAAACUUUUGCCAAUUUUCUCAGACGAAAUGCCCAAGAAGAAAGACAAGAAAGGCGCCGACAAACAAGAUGAAAACAAGAAAACACCAAAAAAGGGGACUGCCGAUACUCCUGGAGGCAAAACUGCCUCUGACGACAGAGAAAAGGAAUUAUAUUUGAUUCAAAUACGGUAUUUGAACGAGCAAUUGGAGGGAUAUCAGCUGAAAUGUGAUCAACUGGAGACAGAAAAGCAGAGCUUGAGCUCUCAGUACAUCUCACUGGAGAAGGAGAAGAAAGACAGUGUUGAGUAUUUGAAACGCACUCUGCGGGAGAAGGAGGAAGCGGUGGACGAUCUGACAGAGCGCCUGGUGGGCCAGCAAGAGGCUGCAGAUCAGGACAGAGACACCCUGCAGCUGCAGAUCAGCCAGCUGAGGAAAGAGCUCCUAGACCAGAUCAAAGAACUCACUACUGACAACAUGACACUUGCUGGCAGGCUGGAUAGUCUGACUGAGUUUCAGAAGCAGAAGGAGCAGCUGAUGUCCACUGUGGAGUCUAUGGAGAAGCAGCUUACGAGCCAGGAGGAGGAACACAAAGCUGACAUCCACAGCCUGGAGAUGAAAGUGCUGCUAGAGAAGAGGAGGUUAGAGAAGGAGAUGGAGGGCCACGUUGCAGCCAUAGGGGCAGAUGUGCAGCACAGAGUGAACCAGAAGGUCCCAGAGACGACCAGGUUGGCCAUUCAGGAGAAUAUGGAGCUGAAGGCCCAGAUGGGUCAGCUGUCUGUGCACACACAUAUUGUGAUGGAGGAGAACUCUACUCUGCAGCAACGAAAGAGUACGCUAAGUAUGGAUGUGGAGAAUCUGGAGCAAAUGCUCAAGGAGACAUCCCGCCAGAGCUGCAUCCUCAAGAGGGUGGUGCAGCAGCUCACAGAAAAGUGUCAGCAGCAGCAAACCGAGCUGAAAGAGCGCAGUCAUGACCUCAAGCAGCUUCAGACUGAACACGUGGGAGUCCAGGCUGAGAUGCAGGCACUCAGACAGGACCAGAGGUCACUGACGGAGCAGUGCAGUAAAAACAGAGCUGAGCUGGGUAGGCUGGAAGCUGAGAAGCAGGAAGAGAGGAAGAAGAGGAGCAGGAUGGAGAGCAUCAUGAAAGAGGCAGCCAUCAUGCUCAGAGAAGCCUUGAUGGAGGCCUCUACUGAGCUGGACUCUGGGACGGACUCUGUGGUCCAGUGGCAGCAGCUGAUGCAGAAGGUGUUGAUGGUAUUAGAAAGUCCCAAACUCAACAACCGUGCUGCUGAGAGUGACCAACUGAAUGAGCUGCAGACAUCUGACUCCGCAGCAGUUAGAGCAGGGAUCCUGAAUCCAGCCAGGAGUUUCCAGUUUGAAUUUGCCCGCUACAGGCUGGGUGAUCUCGGCAUUGUACCCCGUCCCUCACCAAAGCACAAACACUUGAUCUCCAGCAGCACCAACAAGGCUCUGCACAGGAAGCCCUCCAGUCAGAAAACAGCCUGCUCUAUUAGCCCGACUGAUUCAGCUGUCGAAUCGCUUCCCUCCAGAAAAACAUUCACUAAACUCAAAUAGCUGCAACGGAAUAGCUCAGUGAAUAUGUAUUCUGUGCUUUAAUGAUCUCAGUGAAUAUUUCAGUUUUUUCUUGUAAAAUUUGCUUCAUUUUCUUGAAAGUCAGAAUAUCCAGCUCUAGUCUUGGAAACAAUUACUCUUUUUUUUAAACCAUCUCUUCUGCCUUUUUAACUGUGCUCAUAUUAAAAUAAUGUGACAUUUCACUUUACUGUUGCAAGAAAGUCAGGAGAGACAUUGAAGAAUCAUGGUACUGCUGUGAAGCAAACUCUACUGUACAUAACCUUUGGUAAUAAUCAGUGUUUCCUCUUGUUAUUCUAUCGUACACUUUGUUUAUGUCUGCUGGUUUGAAGAGAAAUUUGCCCAAGAUUUGUAUUUACAUUUAGAUUGAGAAAUAAACCAAGAUGCACAA